AUUUGUUGUUGUGCAAGUAAGAAGUCAAACAAAACUAAAAAGGAUGCUUGUUUAUGCAUUCUAAAAGAUCUUGCUUAGAACAUGAUAAUUCGGGCUUAUAUGAGCCAUUGUUACAGCAAAAUGAGAGAGAAGCCAUAACAGAAUUGUUGCAAUAUCUUGAGAAUCGUGACCAUACCAACUUUUUUGAUGGUCAACCAUUGUGUGCUCUAUCCACUUUGGCUUAUUCAGAUAAUGUGGAUCUACAGAGAUCGGCCGCUCUCGCUUUUGCUGAAAUUACAGAAAAAGAUGUAAGACAGGUUGGAAGUGAGACGCUGGACCCUAUCUUGUUUUUGUUACAAUCAAAUGAUGUAGAAGUUCAGCGUGCUUCAAGUGCAGCAUUGGGGAAUUUAGCUGUCAACACUGAAAAUAAAUUAAUGGUGGUAAAGUUGGGUGGUUUGAGUCAACUUAUUCGACAAAUGGGUUCAUCCAAUGUCGAAGUGCAAUGUAAUGCAGUAGGCUGUAUUACCAAUUUGGCCACGCAUGAUGAAAACAAAUCUCGCAUUGCCAAUUCAGAAGCUUUGCGAUUACUAAUUAAUUUAGCAAGAUCAAAAGACCAAAGAGUUCAAAGGAAUGCAACAGGUGCAUUGCUCAAUAUGACACAUAACCAGGAAAAUCGUCAACAAUUGGUGAAUGCAGGUGCCAUUCCAGUCUUAAUAAGCUUACUUGGUUCAGAUGAUGCGGAUGUUCAAUAUUAUUGUACAACAGCUCUGUCAAAUAUUGCUGUGGACGGUACCAACCGUAUUAAGCUGGCUCAAUCAGAUUCAAGGCUUAUACAGUACUUGAUCCAACUCAUGGAUACUAAAAGUCUCAAAGUCCAAUGCCAAGCUGCACUUGCAUUAAGAAACCUGGCCUCUGACGAAAAAUACCAAUUGGAGAUCGUUCAGCAUGGAGGAUUACCACCACUAUUAAAGCUAAUCAAAUCAUCAUUUCUACCACUCAUUCUAUCUUCUGUUGCGUGUAUUCGCAAUAUAUCAAUCCAUCCAUCCAAUGAAUCGCCUAUCAUUGAUCAAGGUUUUGUCAAUCCUUUAAUUGAGCUUUUGUCUUAUGAAGAUAAUGAAGAGAUCCAAUGCCAUGCCAUUUCUACACUAAGAAACUUGGCUGCUACUUCAGAACGCAACAAGCUUGCCAUUAUGGAAGCAGGUGCAGUGAAGCGCAUCAAACAUUUGAUUCGGCAGGUGCCUGUGAGUGUUCAGGUAGAAAUGACAGCGGCUAUUGCAGUAUUGGCUUUGAGCGAUGAGCUAAAAUCUCGUCUGUUGUAUAUGGGUGUAUUGGAAGUAUUAUUGCCAAUGGUAUUAUGCAGAAACAAUGAAGUGCAAGGCAAUGCUGCUGCUGCUAUUGGGAACUUGAGUUCAAAGAUUGAAGACUAUGGGCCUUUCCUAAAGGCAUGGGAGUUGCCUAGAGGUGGUGUCAAAGAUUUUUUGAUAUCUUUUUUGAAAGAAUCAAAUACGACUGCUUUCCAACACAUUGGUGUUUGGACCAUAGAGCAGUUCAUUGAAGGAGGAAAAUUAUCAAGUCUAAAACAAUUAUCGAGUCAAUCUUACGUAUUGCAAACCAGCAACAAGAAGAAGAGAUAAUAGACACCGAAAACGAUAUUCAUAACUUGGCUAAACGAGUUUUGAAUGAUUUAUUCGAUAAACAAUGAACAUAGUGUUUGUUAUCCAAAAUAAGACAGAAUUUACCUUUAAGGUAACAAAUAAAUAAUUUCUGUGUCUGUGUGUGAGUGUGAUAGACAAUGAAAUUAAACUAACAAAGCUUGCGUUUGUACAACAAAGUUACUGAAGCAAAACCAUUUCACAAGAUUAAAGUUAAAAACAAGAACAAAAUCGAAAUGAGUCCAUCUGGACACAUGCAAACUCCUUAAUUUUAGCUGACUUUUACCAAACUUUAAUUCAGAGAUGGACAAAGCUGGGAAAUGAUGGGCAAAAACAGAAAAAAAAAUUUUUUUUAUAAAAGUCUAUCUCUAAAAAUA